UUUUGUUCUUCAUCCUUCUUCUCACUCUCAGUUUGUGGAAAAAGACCACCAGGACGCCAUGGAGAACAUGCUGCUGAGGAUGCUGGGAGUCCUGCUGUGUGCGCUGGCUGCCUGUGCAGAAAUCGCUCCUGUAGCUGACUUCGACCUGGCAAAGAUGGGUGGAAAGUGGUACACUGUUGGGUUUGCCACUAACGCACAGUGGUUUGUGAACCAUAAAGACAGCAUGAAGAUGGGGACUUCUAUCAUGACCCCAACUGAAAUUGGAGACAUGGACCUUUCCUACUCUAGCCUAAAGUCUGAUGGUUCAUGCUGGAGGAUGACUCACCUGGCUAAGAAAACAGACACACCGGGACGCUUCACUUUCCGCAGUCAAAUGUGGAACAAUGACAAUGACAUGCGCGUUGUUGAUGUUGUCUAUGACAACUACGCUCUGGUCCACACCAUUAAGACCAAGGAUGGUAUGUCGGAAGUCCUGAACAAACUUUACAGUCGCACUCCCCAGGCCAGUGACGACUUACAGCAGAAGUUCAGACAGUUCUCUCUUGACACUGGUGUACUGGCGGAAAAUACUGUGAUUCUGCCUCCAAAUGCCGAGUGCCCGACAGUCUAAGAAGUCCACUCCACUUCACUACAAGCAUCAUUCAACCUAUUUUCACUGCAAAGACACCUGCAAAACUUUAGCUGUUUAGAUAAGCUAAGAACCAAAGACCAAACUGCAAAUCUGUGGCAUUUUUUUCAGUAGUUCAGAGACUUUUAAUGAGUGUAGAUGCUGCUUUUGUACUUUUUUUUCUUUCUAGGAAAGCUGGUUUGUUUUGUAUGUUUUGUUAAUUUUGUUACAUUCAAUAAAAUAUGAAAAAAUA